AUGGCUGGUAUGAUCCCAAUGGCCGUCUACGGCCUUGAGGUCCCUUGCGGCGAUAUGCCCAUCCCCGCCAAGUCCGAUAUUCCUUCCGCCUUCCGCAUUACCAUGGCCGCCAUCGACCCCUCCGCCGAACCAGAGGGCGACGACGGUGCUGUUCCUCGCGCGACACUCAAGCUCAUUCGUCGCUCGCUUGAUGAUGAAGACGAUGAGGACGAGGACGAGGACGACUUCGACGCGGAUUACAUGGACGCUUUGCUGGCUGAGGGAGAAGAGGAGGACGACGAUGAGAGCGACGACGAUGAGGAUCUGAAGGGUGGCCCAAGCGAUCCAGCCAAGUCCAAGAAGGCCCGCAAAGAGGCCGCCCUUAAGCAGAUUUUGGCUGAGGAGGGCAUGGACCUUGACGAAGAUGAGAAGCCGACGGUGAAUGGCGUCAAGAAGUCUGCUAAGGCUCUGGGCAAGAUGCCAGUCAGUGACGACAGCGACGAGGAGGACGAAGAUGAUGACGACGACAUGGAUGUCGAAGAGUUUGUUCUCUGCACUCUUGACCCGAGCAAGGUAAAUUGAUGAUCUUGAGAACCGUCGGCACGCAUUAUUAACUUCUUCGCAGAACUGGCAGCAGCCUCUUGACAUCACCGUUGGUGAGCGCGAGCAGGUCUUCUUCAUGGUCUCUGGAACUCACACCAUCUAUCUCACUGGCAACUACGUCGAGCCUGCCGACCUUCAAGGUCCAGGCUCCGACAUGUACGAUCCGGACAGCGACGAUGAGCUGGACUAUGAUCUUGAGCCAGACAGCGACGAGCUGGAUGAGGACGACGAGGAUGAUGAGCUGGACGAGCUGGAGGAUCCACGCAUCACGGAAGUGGACGACGACGACGAGGAUGAAGCCCCGACGCUCAUUGAAAAGAAGGCGGACAAGAAGGGCAAGAACAAGCGUCCAGCUGAGGACGAGGAGACUGCUGAUGCCAACGGGAUUGAUGAGAUGAUCGCGAAGGCUGCGCAGAAGGACAAGACGAACGGCGAGCAGAAGCUCAGCAAGAAGCAGCUCAAGAAGCAAAAGAAGAACGACGGCUCUGCGAACGUCACUUCUACCGAUGAGGCCAAAAAGGAGUCAGACGCACCGUCUUCUGCUAAGAGCGACAAGAAGGUCUCUUUCGCCAAAGAGCUCGAGCAGGGGCCAACUCCAACCAAGGACGGAAAGAGCGAAAAGGGCAAGGCAUCUCUCGGCGUCAAGAAAGUUCAGGGCGUGACCAUCGACGACAAGAAGCUUGGAACCGGCCCAGCAGCGAAGAACGGCGAUCGUGUCAGCAUGCGCUACAUCGGCAAGCUGGAGAAGGACAACAAGGUCUUCGACAGCAACAAGAAGGGCAAGCCGUUCUCCUUCAAGCUCGGUGCCGGAGAGGUUAUCAAGGGAUGGGAGAUCGGCAUCCAGGGCCUGACCGCCGGCGGUGAACGUCGCAUCACGAUCCCAGCUCAUCUCGCCUACGGCAGCAAGAGUUUACCCGGCAUUCCGGCCAACUCGACUCUGGUCUUCGAUGUCAAGCUCCUCGAGAUCAACAAGAAAUAA